UAACUGCAGGUUUGCAUCAAGCAGGUUUGACUAGACCUGUUUACAUUUAUUGAUAAAUAAUUUCAAUUAUCUGGUCUGCUUAAAUCAUUUAAAUUAUUUACGCUUAUUGGAUACUGUUUUAGUUACAGCAUUCAUUUUUGGACUUAAACCACAUUGUAUUCUGUACAUGCUGAGACGAGUGUGUCGAAGAAUAAACACCUAGUUGCCUUCUGUUUAUAUAUGAAUUUUAUCUCUAUUGCAUGCCAUUCACAAUGGUGUCGAGUUACCUGUAUAGUUUGCUUUAGUUUUGAAAUGAAGUUAGCGUUAUAUAAUACAUUUUAUUUCCCGUGUUAUUGGGAGUUUUAUAAGGACGAAUUUAAGGCAUUUACGCAAAACAUGGCUCAGUCCAGGACAUGAAAGGAAAAGAGUUAAUGUCAAAUCUGUGAGAGGGCAGCUUGAAAGGGACUCGCACCAACGCCGAUUGUAUAAUAACACAUGCACUUGCGUUAAUGAGCUAGAACGCAAAUGCGCAUACGGACGCGCUGGAUUCCAUGGAUUCCCGUGGGACGGUCGGCCCGUCUCAAGUGUAUGCUGUUUUUGAUGACUGCCUUCUUUUUGUCCGUCCAACAUUUUAUCAACAUUUCAGAAAGAAGAACGGCUCAAAAUGGUUUUCACAUUUCAUAUUCGACGAAAAGAACGACGGUGACUAGCCGCCCAUCAGCAGAGACAGAAUGGUCAAUAUCCAUGGGGUUGAAACAAGGGAGCGAAGAAACAUCAGCACAGAGAGAUUACGGACCGUUAUCGAACAGGACGUGCAGUGGACAAAUACAGCUACUAAUGGGUCACCACAGACAACGUAAAGGAUUUUUGACCGUCGGGAUAAGCAGCGUUCCAAGAGAUGGUGAGUUUUACCUGCCAGUGACGUUAUCAUCACUUCAUGAGAAGUUGACAGGUGCUGAAAGGGAUGAAGUGGUGAUUGUUGUCUACUUGGCCUCCUUCGACAAGGAAUUCGUUAACGACAUAUUCACUCAGGUCCACACAUUUUACAACGAAAGUUUGGAGUCGGGGCUUCUUCAAAUUAUUCAGCCGGAGCCAAUCAUUUACCAUGACAUGGAUAAUAUAAAGAAGCGCACAUACAACGACAGUCUUGAGAGGGUACACUGGCGUACAAAACAAAAUGUGGACUACGGGCAUCUGUUCGGAUACUGUGAGAACAUAUCCCAAUAUUAUAUACACUUGGAGGAUGACGUCAUCGCUGCAACAGGCUUCCUAGACGACAUUAAAGCCAUGAUAGUGGACGUCAACAAACCUUUAUUCAACAAGGAGUGGUUCGAACUGUCAUUCAGUGGCCUAGGUUUCAUAGGAAAAUUGUAUCGAUCAAGAGAGUUAUGUUCAAUGAAGAAGUUCUUUUUACUAUUCAAAGUAGAAAAGCCUUGUGAUCUAUUGAUUAAGGACUUGCGUGGUAUCAUGCAACAACAGAAAGAAAUCAAAAGAGCUAAAUCACUUUUUCAACAUAUAGGUAUUACCUCCUCUCUUGCAGGCAAAACUCAAAAACUCACUGACAGGUUGUUUAAGGAUAGGAGAAAGUCAGGGAAUGCAAUAGAACAAUACUUGCUUGUUAAUUAUAAACAAUCAACAUUGAAAAAUCCAAAUGCUGAAAUACGUUCUUCUUUAAAAACGUUUGGACGCUAUUUGCCCCAUAUACCAUACAUCUCAAGUGCCAUGGGGUUUUACUGGGCCGAGACUCCGUCCAAUAAUUCGGUCUAUAGGAUAACCUUUAGAACGCUGCAACAUGUCAACAGUAUCGUUAUCAAGACUGGCCAUCCUGUAAACAAGAACGACUUUCUUACGGAAGGAGAGGUCUGGCUUAGCCAGGGUUCACUUGACAAGAAUUGUGAAGAUUAUACAAAGGCUGGCCCCUUUGAAGAUGGACAGUUCAGUGUUAACUUUGAAACUGUAGUGCCUGUACAGUGUAUUGAAAUUCGUAUCACAAAGGAUAUGGAUACAUGGCUGAUUAUAUGGGAAAUAGUCAUUGAUUCCUGAAGCAUUUGUUCACUAGUAGUAAGCAAGCGUUAGUUUCAUAUUUUAAAAACACACACACACACAAUAAGCACUGGUUUCAGUUGCACUAUUUAAACAUUUUACCAAAUUCUGUUAAAGCAUUGAAAAUGUCCAAAGUGAUAGUCAAGUCAAGUCAAGAGUUUAUUUUGUAAAUAAAGGCCUCCGGCCCAAAAUACAUUUCAAAAUAGUAAACAUCAUACGUAAUGCUUUAAGUUGUGUCAUAGUACAUUUAUACAUGAGCUGAAAAAGUGAACAAAAAGUGUAACUAUUCUUAUUUUUUGAUACAAUUCAUAAGAUGAAAUAUGUACACUGCUAAUUUUCUUAUUGUGUUAAAGUCAUUUGUGGAUAGUAGGGCAUAAAAACUAUUCAGAUCAUCACCAGAUUCAUACCAAUUUAACAAAUGUUGGUUCCUUAUAUAUGUAUAUUUUUUACAACGAAAAAAGGCAUGAUAUUCACAAUCAAUUUCAGAUAUAUUAUAGUUCAGUAGACAGAAAUUGCAUAAUCGAUCAUGCAAAGCAAUGCUUAAUUGCCUUCCAAGUUCAAUAUUCAAAUCAUGAUUAGAACAUCUAAAUUUAGCAUAUGUAAUUUUAUGUUUUAGUGGCAUCUCUAUCAACAAAUAUCGUUCGAUGUUAAGUAAGCUCUUAAAGUGGCUGUAGUGGUAACAUCGGCUGGCAUUACUCACAUGAUCAUGCCAAGUUUGAGUAAAACAGUCAAUUAUCCUGUCUAUAAACAUUUUAACAAAUAAAUUACAAUCACCAAUA